AUGUCAGCAAAUCCUCUCCCACAAAAUAUUCCGGUCACGGAAGCUGAUCUGCGCAGUCUGAAGCAUCUCGAAGGCAAGUGGCUGUACUUCACUACGUCUACGCCACGUCCUGAUAACCUUACCGCGGUGUUCGAGGCGGCUGUUGUGAGCAAACAAGGACGAGAUCAAAAGAGAGUCAUGUACAGAGGACUUGCAAGGGGGUUAACGCGCGAAGAAGCUCUCCAGCGGCUGAUCGUUCAGAUCGAAGAUGACUUGGACAAGAGUUGGAAGUGCUACUCCUACUUUGGUCGACCUGUCCGGCAUGGUGGCGGCGGAAGCGAUAGAGGAGGAUCGGGAAGAGGCGGUGCUUCUAAUCAAGGCGAGAAGAGAAGAAACAAUAGUGACAUAGACGACCGUGCCCGAUCAAAGAAGAAAGUAAAGGCUGAGGAUUAG